AUGGCACACAUCAAAAGAGUAGCAAUCAUCGGCUGCGGCUCCAUCGGUGCAUCAUGGGCCGCUCUUUUCCUCGCACAAGGUCUUGAGGUCUCGGCAUUUGACAUCAAUCCUUCAGCAGAGUCAUUCCUUCGGGAGCUCGUCACCGACGCACUACCGGUUCUCUCGUCGCUGGGCCUUGCCAAGAGCUCCCAAGCGACCGCGUCGGAUAUCCAAUUCACAACAGACAUGGCCACAGCCCUCAAGGACGCCGACUUUGUACAAGAGAACGGCCCGGAAAGGUUAGACUUUAAGCAGAAGCUCUUCCGUGAGGUAGCCGAGCUAGUCGGCCCAGAGACCAUCAUCGCGACGAGCAGCAGCGGGCUGACGUGCUCGAGCAUCCAGCAGGGACUCGAGGCACAGCACAAGCCAGAGCGGGUGGUGGUUGGCCACCCAUUCAACCCGCCGCACCUGAUCCCGCUCGUCGAGGUGGUGGGCGGCGGGAAGACAUCCCAAGAAACAAUCAGCAGAACGAUGGCCUUCUACGAGGAUGUGGGUAAGAAGGCGGUCCAUGUCAAGAAGGAGGUGGUCGGGCACGUUGCCAACAGGCUUCAGGCGGCGCUGAUGCGCGAGGUCAUGCACCUGGUGCAGGAGGGCGUCGCCGACGUGUCGGACAUUGACCGCGCCAUGUCCAACGGGCCCGGUUUGAGGUGGGGUGUCAUGGGCCCGAGCAUGCUCUUCCACCUCGGCGGCGGGCAGGGUGGCGUCGAGUACAUGGCUAACCACCUGCUCGAGCCCAUGAUGAGCUGGUACGCGCGUGAGGAUCCCAAGGUCGACGAUGAGCUCAAGCGCAAGUGGGUAGAAGGGACAAAGGCGGCGGUGGAUGGGAGGGAGUACAGAUCCCUGGCCAAACAGAGGGAUGAGGAGAUUGUGAGGCUGUUGAAUGUCAGGCGAGAGUGGGACGGGUAUGCCGAGGCUUGUAGGAUGGCUUUCGCUUCAGAAGUGGGGAAGGCCUGA